GCUCAUUGGCUGGAACAGACACACGCAUGCACACUAAAACACACACCAUCCAGCAACAGAUAGCCCAGUGUCGACCAGAGCAAGGUUAGCUACUCACACGAAGGGACGACUUCACUGGGACUGCGGGAGGUAGCUAACCAGAAAACAUGAGUGACAGGAUGAGUGAAUCGGAUGCGAACGUGACCCACACAGGUCCAAAAGGAGUCAUCAAUGACUGGAGGAGGUUUAAGCUGGAGAGUAUGGACCAGGACAACUUGCCACCUGCAAAGAAGGAACUGCUCAGACAGAUGUCAUCUGCUCACACGGCAAGCGACGACCCCAGAUCAAAUGCACGCAAGAUGAGCGUCCAAGAGUACGAGCUGCUUAAGGAGGAGGACGAAGGCUGUCUCAAGAAAUACAGACGGAGGUGCAUGCAGGAGAUGCAUGAUAAGCUCAGCUUUGGGCCCAAGUUUGAAGGUGUGCACGACCUGGACAGUGGCGAGGCCUUCCUAGAGGUCAUCGAGAAGGAGCAUCACACUACGGUGGUGGUUGUCCACAUCUACAAGGCCGGGGUCAAAGGUUGUGAGGAGCUCAACAGCUGCCUCGACUGCCUGGCCACCGAGUACCCCACUGUGAAGUUCUGCAGGAUCGAUGCUGUUUCGUCCGGUGCUGGCGAGCGGUUCUCAGACGAGGUUUUGCCUACCCUGCUGGUUUACAAGGCGGGAGAACUACUGGGGAACUUCCUGGCCUGCAUGCAGCACCUAAGCGAGGAGUUCUUCGCCACCGAUGUGGAGGCUUUCCUCAACAGCUAUGGCCUGUUGCCAGAGAAAGAGAUGCCUGGUGCGGAAGAGGAAGAGGAAAACGAUGUCGAAUAAACAUCGGGUUUUGGCUGCAGAGGAGGAGGAAAGGAAACUGUCUGGGAUAGAGAGCUGUGACAGACAGGUUAUUAUCUCUACUAGUUCAAUAGACUUUAUAUAAAAAUGGACGACACUGCUCCAAAUGUGCAAGAUGGCAGAAUUCAUAUUUGGGAUAUUUUGGUUUCUUGGAGAAGUGGAGACACAUCGUCCAUCUUCAUACACAGUCUAUGGCUCACUGGUGUUUUAGGGCUUUCCA